GGUCCAAUUAUCUGGCGCGUUGUCAAAAACAAGUUAUUUUUAAUAUAGUCAAGUUAGAUAUGUCAGGAUUACUGUCGAUAACCCGAAUUUGUCGAGUCCACUACCCUGCUUUGUACAUGGAUUAUCGUUAAAAAAUAGGCUAAUGAACGGAAAGUGUUAAUGCCUUUAGUGCUUAAACAAUGUAGUAAUGGAGAAAACUGAACUCACGUUGUCGAGGUAUUUUUGAUAUGUAUAUUCUUAAUGAUCGUUAAAAUCGAUAUAAGUUAAAUACGUCCAUACAAAGUCGUUAAAUCAUUCUCACGGAUAACACAAUCUUAACCUCAGUUCAACAUUAAACAACAUUCAUUUCGCAAGUUUAUAAGCAUGGCUUCUUCUAAGGAAAUGUGCGAGACAUGUCUAUUUGAUACAAAGAAUAAUGAAGCGACGCUAUUUUGUGUGGAUUGCAAUGAACCACUUUGCGAGGGUUGUGGGGCCGUCCAUCGAAAGCAGCGCCUUAGUCGCCACCACAAGGUGUUUGAUAUCGGCAAUGCACCACCAGCAGAAGUGUUGGCUACACUGAAGGAGCUCACGGCCUGCCCAAACCACGCGACCGAAGAGGUGGAGUAUGUGUGUCGCGAGCACGACCAGCUUUGCUGCAGCAAGUGCGCAAACACCGUACACCGCAAGUGUGACCAUUUAGAAACAAUUGCAGACCUUAUGGAUAAACCGAACGCCAGCGAUACUAAACCCAUCGUUGUACUCGGACAGUUUGAAGACUUCGCAAAGAAAAUGAAAGAGCACGAAGAUAAGCAUAAAAAAGCCAUCGAAUAGACUGCUUCAGAGACUGAUACCACACUAAAGCAAACACAAGCAAAACUUAAGGAGACAUUGCAGAGGCUGAACGUCAAGAUAAACAAUGAAAAGGAACUACAGCAUCAUAAUCUUACGAUGCAUUCCGAAAACCAGGAUCUCGCUAUACAGAUGUUUAAAAGUAAAGUCGAAGAAGAAAAGAAAAAGAUUGAAUCUGUUUCAAAACACGGCCAGCCCGUUCAUAAUUUUCUGUUGGGCAGGGAAAUGAAAAAAAACUACCUUGGUUGCACUAAAAGAGGGCGCAUCCGCAAUCAAAGAAAGUGCAAGUCAGCAUGUGCUUGCUUGCACAAUACCUACAUCUUUAGAUGACCUUGCAAGACAGAUUGGCUUGUGUUUACAGAUGGAUAUGUGCGCACUACCGGUUUGUGAAGUUAGCGUUCCGUCCAUGUCUAACACAUUAUCAUUAGAUCCAGUCGAAAUUGAUACAGUUAAAUUGCGUGAAAAUCAAUUGAAAUCAUUUUCGAAAAUGUUUCCUAACGCAGGCAUGAUACGUCGGCACUGUUCACUUGUUUGGAUGAAUGGCCUUAUGUUAAUACUGGAUGAAAGACCGAGUGAAAUACGAGUGGUAACCUGACCUGAAAAGCGCAUUAAUCGCAUUCCAAUACCUGAAAUUAACCCAGAGUGUAACACAUAUACUGCGACUGGGGAAUUUGCCUGUAUUUCUGAUCUGAAUGGAGCAGAGUUUGUCUACUGUAAUUCACGAUUCCUAAAAAUAUUUGUGAUGAACGCAAAAGAAAAGUUCGUUCAGAGGCAAAUAAAAAUUCAGGUCAAUAUCCAUCUGUUUUGUCGAGAUAAGGAAAGUGGGUGCAUUGUUGCUCUUUCCAAAUGCCCUGCCACUGUCAUGCUGUUGUCCACUGACGGGAAAACGGUAGCCAACCUACCGGAAGGACAUUCCCUCAAUAAAUAUAUAAACAAUGCAGACAGCAUGGAGUAUGCAAGUGGAAUGGUGUACCUUAUAUGUUCUUCCCAAAACCAAGUAGUCAGUUUCAGCAUGAACGGCUCACUAAGGUACACAUACACGCACCAGAAUUUACGUCGUCCUGGAAAUGCCGUGAUUGGACCCUAUAAUACGUUGUUUGUUGCCAACAGAGGCGGAAACUCCAUUCAUGCCGUUGAUGCAGAAGGGAAACAGGUUAGACAACUCCUACAGGGAAAGAUAAAUGCACCGUGUGCAGUGGCACUUGACAAUCGCAUGGAACACAUGGCUGUUUUGCAAGAAGAUUACACCAUAAAAAAAAAUAUUUAAGUUCCAAUAGAUCAAAAAUGGUUUGCAUGCACAACUUACUAAGACAUUUAUUUGUAGCGUGUUUAUAUACAUAUUCGUAUCAACUGAUUGAAUAAAGCAAUUGUUUACUCGUG